CGCACGAAAAGCGUCAUCCUUAUGGUACUUAGGUGUCUAUAUAAAGGGACUCUCACAGAAGAAAUGUGCAAAUCAACGGUGACAUAACCAACCGCGGGGAUUUCAGCUCUCUAGUUAAUAUGCAAGCCAUCUGUAUUUUCCUGGGUGUGAUCGUGGCAUGUUAUGCCGCCACCACCCAUAAACCCCCUCACACCACGCAUGCGCACGCAAAUCACACCCAGCAUGCACACCAGAAUCCACACCGCGCAUGCGCACAACAUUACGGGCCCCCACGCACGAGCCAGCGGAAACGGACUCGAUUACCUUCCAGUUUCAGCCACUGACAUUUCACCUUCUAGUGAAGACUCACCCGGAUAAAAUGACCUACAACUGCUACAUCGCAGCCCUCUCCGACUCCGAGCAUGCGCAGAUCCACACCGACGCCGGCAUGAGGGCCGUCGAGCUGAGAAUCCUGGCCGCUCUCGGAAGCGCCACGGCGGUGACCGACGUCAGCACGCUUGACAAACAUGACGUCACUACCUGUACCGCGCACUUCUCCAUGCAGCCUCACUACUUCACCAUCACCGUCUAAGUCGCAUUUGCAUUUAUCUUAUUAUGUAUAAUUACGUAAUAUAAAUGCAUAUCUAAAA